CCAGCAGUGCAGGUAACCUGGGAAUGUUGAUACCAGUGAUAGCAGUCCUACUGAGACGACUAGCUAUGAUUCGUCAGCCGAAGCCGCGACUGCACAAGCUGUUCCGAGAUUUCUGGCUCUACUGUGUCGUCAUGGGAUUCACUACUGAUUCAGGUUUGUGGCCUGCAGAGUGGUACGACGGAGUGAAACAGAUAGCGGUGAAUCUCCCUUCCUUGUCUCGCAGACGUCUUCCCGGUCGGAGAUGCGUGAACUGCAAUACACGUCAGCCGUCAGGAACGACAGUGUCUCGUUGAACCAGUUGCAAGAACUAAAACGCAGAUCCUCAACCUGCUGGAGAAUCCUCCCGAGUGACGGCCUUCGUGAACAAACUGCUGUUUUGCCCAGUGCACCUACUUGCUGUCUGUUUACUGGCUGGAGACAUUCCGCGUGGAGAAUUCAGCUGAGCCCAGUCUGCAGCUAUGUUCGAGUACCUAAUGGACACGGCCAUCAUCAAGGACAAGUAUGGAAUGUGGCAGUGCAUCUCAAGUGUUGGCGACAGAGUGUUUGCGAUGUUUCUGAACGCGAUGUCGCGUAAGCCGAAGGAUGAGAGUCGCGAA